AUGAAUGUCUUUAAUACGCUCACCGUUCAGUUAUUGAACAUUUUUACCUUCCAUGUUUUUCUUUGUUGGUUCACAACAUUAUUGAAGUUUGCGACGCUCAUGAACAGGUGUUUACAAGAACUGUGUUUUUAUGCGCAUGGUUCAGCCGAGGAAGGAGGACGUGGUCGAGAAACAAGAAUAUACUUUUUGUCAUUGGUCCCUGGACUCACCUCAGAUGACAUCAAUGAUGAGGAUGGCUUCCAGCUGGAUGUUUUGCACUUGAAGAAGGAUGAUGGUCGGUGUGGAGGACUCCCUACUGUGGAAAAUGGUAGUGGGAUUCUCCAAGAUUCUUCAGGAUUUCUGGCAAGACCAACUUCCACUGUGUUAACGCCCUGCAGAAGCUCAAGGAGUUAUGAACUAUGA